AUGCGCCUCAAUGUCUUGGAGGAGCUGGCAAAAGCAUUUCAGGAGAAAGCUCAAAAGACAGGGAAGCAGAAGCUCAUACUGAGUGCAACAGUGGGAGCUGUGAGGGCACUAAUCGAGGCAAGCUAUGAAAUCGACAAAAUCUCAGAGGCUGUAGAUUUCCUUAACCUCUUGACCUUUGACUUCCAUGGUUCCUGGCAAAAAGUCACAGGACAUGUCAGCCCAUUUCUCCAGGGUAAAGAAAACUCCAAAUCCUCUUCUUACUGUAAUGUUGACUAUGCUGUGAGAUACUGGAGGAGCAAGGGUGCCCCAACUGAGAAGCUCAUCAUGGGAAUCCCCACCUAUGGACGGUCGUUCACCCUCUCCUCCAAGACAGGCAUCAGCGUGCCCGUCUCUGGGCCUGGAUUACCCAUCCCAUUCACUCAAAAGGCAGGAUUAUUGGCCUAUUCUGAGAUCUGUACUUUUACACCAGGUGCCACCACCGAGCGGAUUGUGGAGCAAGAGGUCCCAUAUUCCUACGAAGGAAACCAGUGGGCAGGGUAUGAUGACGAGCAAAGCAUUAUAACCAAAGCAAAGUGGCUGUUGGAGAACAAUUUUGGAGGUGCCAUGGUUUGGGCUAUUGAUCUGGACGACUUCACUGGCACAUUCUGUGGAGAAGGCAAAUACCCUCUGAUGAACUCCUUGAAAUCUGUCUUGGACUGCAAGGUUCCAGCAACCACCCCGGGUACCAGUGCUAACCAGCCAGCCACGGCGGCUCCUUCCAAAGGCAGCGGCAGCUCCAGCGGAAGCUCCAGAUGCAGCAACUUCUGCUCCGGCACAGCCAAUGGCCUCUACCCAGAUCCCAGUAACAACCACGCGUUCUACCACUGCGUGAGCAGGAAAACCUACCUGCAGUUCUGCCAGGCCAGCCUCAUCUUUGACUCCAGCUGCUCCUUCUGCAACUGGGCAUGA